CGCAAGGCCCUGUUUCACUAUCACUAUAUUUAUAAUAGCGUGGACUCGCCAGCAGCUGUAAUGGGCUGGUGAGUGAGGCUCUGAGCACUUGCAAUUUCGUGACUCUGCGAUUUACCUGCCGCAUCCUCAACGACGAUCGUCGCCAUGGCUGCUCCUUCCAUCUCCCUUCCUACUCCCCCUCCUCCUCCCCCUGCUCCGUUUCCUUAUUCCGCUGCGCUUCCCGCUCCUCCUCCUCCUCCAUCCCCGCCUCCGCGCUCUUCUUCCCGUCCCCGAGACCCUUCUUCCCCGCCUCCUCCCGCUGCUCCGCCGGUUCCCGCUCCUCCUUUUGAUAUUCCUCUUGUCCAUCGUCAUAAAACAUAUCCUCGUUAUCCUGUCGCUCUUCGUGCAGGUGGCCGGUAGCGCGGGCAGUCCCCCAUCGCCCCCCGUUUUCCUGCAACCCCCGUCCUUCAUCCCACUAGUCGUGAAGUCCUAUUCCCCUCCGUGCUAUGCCAUAUCGCUCAUCUUUAGAGGCACGCAUGUGAAGCACACGGAACGGGUCGCCGCGGUCGGCAUGUUUUUGAUUAAUCUACUAUAAUUGGCGCGCUAUGGCGUUGUCAAUAGCCCUACGUUCUAGUAGGGGGAAGGCGACAAGCGACAGCGGUUCGAUGAACGGGCUUCUUAGAGAAGGCUGAUAGCGAUGAAGAGGACAUCCGGGAGGUGGGCCGAACGCUUGCGAGUCAUCACCGAAGUCGAGAAAGACGAUGUGGGUGACAUCCGUGCAGCUCCUUUUUGUGUGAGAUGUUAUCCCGAUGUUCAAGAUCGGGACUGCGUGGAGAAGAGGGGCCGAAAGCGAGCCGCGGAGGAGGGAGGAAGGGACUAAGAGGGCACUGUUUCAGUACUCAGGGUUCACUUCUUCGUGCAUGGGGCUGGGGCAACACAUACCGGCUUACAUAUGCUCGAUGCACUCUCUGGAGGAGGCAACUAUACACACGCACACACACACGCACACACACGCACACACGCACACACACGUGCACACACACACACACACACAGACACACACACACACACACACACACCCACACAGAGAGAGAGAGAGAGAGAGAGAGAGAGAGAGAGAGAGAGAGAGAUUUGUGAAUGGUCUAAGUCUUCGCGUGGCUUGUGUUGAUUCUGGUUCCAAGUCAGGAAUUGAAAAUAUUUUUUGAUUUAUUUUUGAGAGUGAGAGGUUGUUGAGGGGUAAUGUUUGUUAGUUAUGUCUGAAAUAAUUAUUUAUGCUAUUUGCGUUUUCUC